UGAGACAAAUGGCAAGAGAGAUUCUUUGCAAUCAAUACUGCUGACUGGUUGUAGCCCGGUGUCUUCGUUAAGCACAGGCCAGGACGGACGCGUGGUUUCUCACGGAAGCUCUUCUUAACUCAACUCAUGGCCUCUGCUGUCCGACUCGCAUUCAGACCGAGGCUGCAAUGUAACGGUGUCGCUGCUCGGACACCGGGCAAGGCGUUCAGCUCGUCGGCGUCAAGACGGGACUUUCAUUUUGAUACCCAUCACUUCGUGCAACGCCUCGAACGCGAGGGACUGACUCGUGCACAGGCAGAAGGAAUCAUGAAUGCCAUGGCAGAGGUCAUUGACGAGAGUAUACGCAACAUGACCAGCAAUAUGGUCACAAAGGCCGAGCAGGAAAAGCACCAAUACACACAACAGGUCGACAUCGCACAGAUCAAGUCAGAACUACAGCUCAUGGAGAAGAACGAUCUCGCCAUGCUCAAAGCGGAGAAUGACCGUCUGCAAACUGACAUGGAGAAACUCAAGCAGCGACUCAGAGAAGAGAUUACUCGUACACAGGCUGGAGUACGACUCGACCUAAAUCUGGAAAAGGGCAGGAUGAGAGAGGAGAGCAGCGGUCAAGAACUCAAGAUAAAGGAAGUCGACACCAGGAUAGAGCAGGAGAUUGCGAACCUAAGAACAGCCAUCCAAGUGUCCAAGGCGACCACGCUCCAGUACUUGGUCGGGUUCGUGACCGGCUGCUCUGCACUGCUGAUGGCAUAUCUCAGAUUCCGGAUGUAAAUCUGGAAAUGUACUUUUUCCAAUGGACUGGUAUUUAUAUAUCAAGGCUAUAUACUUCAUCCACAUCUA